AUGGUUAUCGCUCAGCAACAGUCAAUUGUGGAGAAAACUGCGGAGAAAACUGCGGAGAAAACUGCGGAGAAAACUGCGGAGAAGACUACGGAGAACAAGAGCACGGGCAGCAGCAGUUCUAUUCAAGCCGGCACACUCUCCACUAUUCCUCGCCAGGCUACUAUGCAUCCUUGCGGAGAGUCUCUCAUUCGCCUCAGUAACGCUCCACUUCUCGCCUCUCUUCUCGCCUCUCUUCUCGCCUCUCUACCCGGCUACAUUCACUACGCGGGAGGUAUGGAGGCAACAGGCCAAGGCUAG